GCAACAUAUACAUUAAAUUUAGUGGACAAAAUACUUAUGGAACCUAACCCAGAACCUCAGGAGGAAGUUAAAACUGUUGAAGGCCCCAGCGAAAUCCCUGAAGGACAUUCAGUCAAAUAUUAUGAAUGGACCGACGAUAUGACCCAGAAAUGUCAAGAUGUCAUUGAUGAAGAUGAAAAUUACCACCCUGAAGCUGGCAAGCUCAAGAAACAUGCAGGCAUGAAUUGGCAUAUAUUUUACUCAAACAAUAAAACAAACUUCUUUAAAAACAGACACUACCUUAUUAAAGAGUUUACAGAAAUGAAAGAAAAAUGUGAUGACCAAGAAAUUGUUCGCCUUCUUGAUGCAGGAUGUGGAGUCGGAAAUGCACUUUUCCCACUCUGCAAGGACCUUCCAAACCUGCACGUAGAUGCCUUCGACUUCGCUCUAAAAGCGGUUAAUCUUGUAAAAGAACACGAGAAGUUUGAAGAAGAAAGAAUGAAAGUAGAACAAUGAGAUUUAGUCAGAGAUGAUAUCCCCUUUGAAGCAGGAACACAUGAUUUUGCUAUCUUAAUCUUUGUUCUCUCUGCUAUCUUCCCUGAGCAUUACAAAGAUGUCAUCCAAAAGGUCUAUGACCAACUCAACCAAGGAGGCAUCCUCUACUUCAGAGAUUAUGGAAAGUACGAUAUGGCACAGAUGAGAUUUGCUAAAUAAAAAGACUUCAAAAGUACUCGACAAUUUUUAUGUCAGAGGGGAUAAGACCCUUGCUUAUUAUUUCACCAUAGAAGAAGUUGACGAAUUAAUGACUUCAGUAGGCUUCAAGAAGCUCUCCUUAGAUUAUCACUAUAAGGAGUUUGAGAAUCGGAAAAAGGGCCUGAAAAUGCACAGAGUUUGGAUCCAAGCAAAGUAUAUCAAAGAGUAGAUUCAAUAA